CCUGACUUCAUUCCCCAGGCGGCUUCCACGCCUCGGCUGACAGCCAUGAAGGGGAGACGGAUCCAGCCAAUCAGCCCUGAGCAGCAGAUCGAGGUGAAGCUGCAUCGGUGUAAAGACUGUGACAAGGCUUUCACCACCGGCAUGGAGCUCCUGAAACACAGAAAAUUUCACAAGCCAGAAAACCUAUUCAAGUGUCCUUUUUGUGAUACUGAGUCUUCGGGGGCCCUUGAGCUGAUCCUUCACAUUCAGGUCCACGACGAUGACCGCCCAUUCCGCUGCGAACAAUGCAACUUCUCCACGACAGAUUCCUUCAAGCUAACCAGGCAUAAGAGAAUUCACACAGGGGAGAAGCCUUUCACGUGUAACAUAUGUCAGGCCAAGUUCACACAGAAGACCAGCAUGUUGAUGCACAUUCAGCGGAAACACACCAAAGAGCUGCCCAAAUUAACCUGCCCUCUGUGUAACACCAUCCUGACCGGGAAGCACAGUCUGAGCAUUCACAUGCGGAAGCAGCACUCUCAUUCCGAGACCGAGCUGAAGUGCCGUUUCUGUCCCGCCACGUUCCGCGAACGUUUUGUCCUCCGCGAGCACCAGAAGACUCACAGAAACGAAAAGCCCAUCAAAUCGGUCAUCCCGAGGGCAAAAAGGAGGAGGAUUGCCGAGAAGAGUCAGAGCGAUCAGGUGAACUUUGAGGAGCAGGAGCCGGUGAUCGGAGCCCAGGCGGAGGAGUACACCUGGCAGGUCCUGCCGACGGAACAAGAGACACAGAUCCACUUUGUGAUCAGCGACGAUGCCGAAGAGGCCAACUCGGUGACAGAGUACCACGUCCUCCCAGUGGAGGCGAACGACGGCAGUGUUAUUAGCAUUCAGGUGUCAGGGAUGCAGCAGAUGGAGCAGCUGGAAGCAGGUACAUUACAUCAGGUGAUUUUAGAGAAUCUCUUAAAAUAGCUAC